AUUCCUUGCCGUGUUUCAUGGCUCCGGCACGCCUGGCACAGGGACUUUGCGGCCCAAGCUGGUGGCUUUGCUGCGGAGCAAAGAGAUAAGGGCUGGCAGGGAGCUGAGAUUGGAGGGCACACACCUGGAAUAACCACAUCCCUGUGCUGACACAGCUGAAAAUGCAGAGAGGGCAGGAGUGAAGGGGAACAGGGCUAUCCAGGGACCAGGAAACAAGGAGUUACAGAAGCCAUGCCCCAGAACAGCCCUGGAGACCUAGUGUUGUGUAGCAACACUUCACCUUCCAGGAGCACAACAGGUUUGGCCCUGCUCACAGCAACUUGCAAGAUAAAGUUUGGUCCAGGGCAGUGACAUCCACCAGAGACAAUUCCCCUGGUUUACUCUGCAAGGACAGGAGUGGAACUUAGGGCCACCCCUAUGGCUGAGCAGCCUGUCCCAGAGGCAGCCCUGCUAGCCCAGGUGCUGGCUGCAGCCAACUCUGAAGCCCCUUCACUCCGCACUACACGCCGUGGGUCCCAGCCCGCAGCCCGGGGCACUGAGGACAGCAAACCACCCGCGCUGCUCUCCCGCCGCAACUCCAUCCUCAGCCGCCGCAGCUCAUUCGGGAUGGUCCCGGGGAGCAGGCGUCCCUCCCUUGGCCCCGGGAUGCUCCACAGACAUGUUAGCUUCUCUGGGCUCCCAAUUUUCCAACCCAUCCUCAAGACCCGUCUUGAAAACACUUACAGAAUGGGACCAGACAAAGGCUGCAAGUUUGACGCAGAGCGGGUGCAGCGGGUGCUGGAGGGGACCCUGGCCCGUGCCUUGGGGAGCAGUGUAUACAGUCCCCAGGGCAAUGCCCCACUAGCCCAGAGCCUGACUGAGCUGCUGCAGAACCAGGCCAAGGAGGUGGUGCCACCCCGCUACAAGCUGGUCUGCCACGUGGUGCUGGGCCAGCAGGGCCAGCAGGGCCUAUUGGUGGCCAGCCGGGGACUAUGGGACCCUGAGACUGACAGCUUUGCCUCUGCCACCUUCUCCAACGCCUCCCUCUUUGCUGUGGCCACAGUGUAUGGGCUCUACUUCGAGUAGCACAUGCCUCUCUGUCCACCAAGUCUUGUAGAGCUGUAGGGAAAGAGCAGCUGAAAUAAAG